GGUAAAUAUAAACAACGAUUUGAAUCAGAAGAUGAAUCUAUACUUGAAUGAGAAGGAAUGAGGUGUUUUCGAAGAUUCACAGUUCUGAAUUUGGAUUUAAAAAAAAAUCAUUACUAGUCCUUCUAUUCAAAUGGAACCACGGUUUACUCGGCAAACCGUUAAAGAAAAAUCAAGUGGGAACGUACAGCUGAAUGACCACAACAAGAACAUGCGUAAGAAAAAGGCAAAAUCAUUAGCAAAGAAAAGUGAGAAAAAUGUAUCGAACGCUUCAUUACAAAGUUCAAUUGUUUCAGCAUUACCUUCACGAAAACGGAAGUUUGAUCAGAGAAUAAAAGAACCAAAACCAAAGGUAGCUAAGGCAUCAAUGUCAUCUACAAAAAUAAAGGUAGCUAAGGCAUCAAUGUCAUCUACAAAAAUAAAGGUAGCUAAGACAUCACUGUCAUCUACAAAAAUAAAGGUAGCUAAGGCAUCACUGUCAUCUACAAAAAUAAAUGUAGCUAAGGCAUCACUGUCAUCUACAAAAAUAAAGGUAGCUAAGGCAUCACUGUCAUCUACAAAAAUAAAGGUAGCUAAGGCAUCACUGUCAUCUACAAAAAUAAAGGUAGCUAAGGCAUCACUGUCAUCUACAAAAAUAAAGGUAGCUAAGGCAUCACUGUCAUCUACAAAAAUAAAGGUAGCUAAGGCAUCACUGUCAUCUACAAAAACAAAAGUAGAUAAGGCAUCACUGUCAUCUACAAAAACAAAGGUAGCUAAGGCAUCACUGUCAUCUACAAAAAUAAAGGUAGCUAAGGCAUCACUGUCAUCUACAAAAAUAAAGGUAGCUAAGGCAUCACUGUCAUCUACAAAAAUAAAGGUAGCUAAGGCAUCACUGUCAUCUACAAAAACAAAAGUAGAUAAGGCAUCAGUGCCAUCUACAAAAACAAAGGUAGCUAAAGCAGCAGUGCCAUCUACAACAACAACUGCAAAAAAGAAUAAACGAAACUCGAAAGAUUCUUCAGUACCAAGGACUGGAAAAAGAGGAAGAGGAAGUCAGUCUUCCCUUCAACAUCAUCGUACAAGAAAAGCCGAAGAAAUUAAUUCAAAAGAUACUAAAUCUGACUCAAUAAAACUAAAGAAAAACAUAUCUGAAAAGGUAAAACGACAACAUUUGAAAGUAACUUCUUUAACAAGUAAUAGAAUGACAAAAAGGAAAAGAUCAAAAGCAUUGGAUUUAAAAAGCGAAACACAAACGGAGAAAAGAAACCUCAAGAAAAAGAAACUUUUAAUAACAAAACCUCCAAACAAAAGUAGACGUCAGAGAUUGCCGUCAAAGGAAUAUCAGAUUGAUAAGAUAAAAGAGAAUACGAAGAAAACGUCGUUCAUUCGCCCAUAUUUGAGUUUUGAUACAAAUCUUCCAUAUCUUGUGUCCAAUAUAUGCUGUGUUGACCAAAAUACCCUAUGGAUAGGACGAAUGGCUUAUGGUACCAUCUUGAAGGUGACACACAGUUCAUCAAAAACACUUACCAUCGUAAAAGAACUUGAGCAGUGUGAUUUUUAUGACUUUUGCUAUGAUCGAAACGAGGAUCAAAUAUUAUAUACGGAUAGAAUUAACAACAGCAUAAUGUCUAUUUCCUCAAAUUAUAAGCUGACAAAGUUCAAAUGUGUGGAACCGCUGAAACCUACAUGUAUAACAAUUUCUCUGGAUGACUUUAUUUUCUUAGGCCUAGUUGAUGAGUAUUCAUAUCGGAAAUCUCCAAAAAGGGAAAUCGUGAAAAUGGCCAAAAAUGGGACAGUCGUCAUGCGAAUACCAUCAAUUCAUUACAAUAUUGUACGUUUUUCUAUGUCCCAUCGAAUUGCUAUUCACCCCAACAAUGAUAUUAUAAUAGCAACUAACGACAUGAAUGGGGAAGUGCUACUCAGUUUUGAUCCCGAAGGGAAAAGCAAAUUUGCAAAAACAGUCACAAACUUAAACCCUGGUAUACGUUUUCAUGUUAGUGGUUUGACAAUAUCCAAAGCGGGCGAUAUAGUUGUUUGUAAUGAUGCAAAUGAAGAAAUUUAUAUUUAUGAUGUCAAGGGAGAAUUAUUAGAAACAAUCACAUCUCAAUCGAUUGGAAUAACCGACAGACCAUGGAGUUUAGCUUUUGACAGUAGUGAUCACUUACUUAUUGGUACACUGGCGCAUGAACCGAAGGUUCCUACUAUUUGCUUUGCUGAUUACCUCUAUCGUUAACCCUGGAUAUAACCAUACUAUGUUAAGUGACAAAUAUUUGAGAAAUUUAUUUAUUGUGUGAAAAGAAGAAACUCUACGCCAAAAAAUAUCACCUUAUUAAAUAUGUAACAUGAAAA